CAAAUUAUGGAGAAAAACAGCUUCUCCUUCAUUUUUGUUCUACAUUUUAUGAGAAACUGAACAGAGGGACAGGUAAACUGGGAUGUCCAGUGUCAGUAGUUGGGAAUGUGAAGGGUUUGACCAGUGUCUACAAGAUGUGGCAGUGGAGGCCAGAGAGCUGUACCUGGACCCAGAGGUCCCCUAUCUGGACCUGCCCCCCUCCCCACUGGACUUCCAUAGAUCCUGGGUGUCACCCAACAAACCUGUCAUCAUCAGGGCAGCCAUACAACACUGGCCUGCUCUCAGCAAGUGGAAUCCACAGUACUUUCGACAGACCCUUGGAGAGAAGGAAGUGACCGUAGCAGUCACCCCGAAUGGUUAUGCAGAUGCCGUGCAUGAUGGCAAGUUUGUCAUGCCUGAGGAAAGAACUAUGAAAUUCUCUUCUUUUCUGGACAUCAUGGAAAGAAACACACAGCCCAAUGGCAUCUUUUAUGUUCAAAAACAAAAUUCAAAUUUUACAGAGGAGUUCCAAGAGAUUAUUCCUGAUGCAGAUGUGGAAAUAUCCUGGGCAUCUGAGGCUUUUGGAAAACUACCCGAUGCAGUCAACUUUUGGAUGGGUGAGGAGGCUGCUGUUACCUCCAUGCACAAGGACCAUUAUGAAAACCUGUACUGUGUCAUAUCAGGACAGAAAACCUUCACCCUGCUCCCCCCUACAGACCUCCCAUUUAUCCCAUAUGGACUCUUCCAACCCGCCAGAUACCAUGAGAAUGCCGAGGGCAAGUUUGAUGUGAUCGAUGAAGAGGGUGUGGAUUUCGUACCCUGGAUACCCGUGGACCCACUUGACCCUGACCUUGACAGGUAUCCUGAGUUUGGCCACGCCCAACUGCUCACCUGUACAGUUAAGGCAGGUGAGAUGCUGUACCUGCCGUCUCUGUGGUUCCAUCACGUCCAACAGUCACAGGGAUGUAUCGCUGUCAACUUCUGGUACGACAUGGAGUACGACAUCAAGUACAACUACUUCAAGUUCAUGGAAGCUGUUGUGGCCAAGAAAUAUGAUGUUUUUAAAAGGAAAAAUAAAAAUAUUGUAUCGCAAUGACAGCAAAAAUAAUUGCUCACAAAUGUGUGCCCUGUUCCGAAUAAUUUUUCCACACAAUUAGGCUGCUUUCUGCUAUGGCAGGGCCCAAUGCAGUCCAGAAGUUAGCCCUUAGAGCAGAGAGAAUAUCUCUUCGCUUUUCUGUUAUUUUUCUCCAUUAGCAGUAGGAUCAGUCAUCAAGAGCUUCAUAAGACCUACAUUUUAAUUAACAACCAGGGAUUUACAAUUUAAUCUGAGCAAGGAGGUUUGAUUCAAUAGAACAUAUAGCCAAGUGUUUUUGUGUGUGUUUAUGUUAUUGUUGGAAUCAGGAGUCAGGCGCUGUGACGCAGUGACAUGUGAGUACCCUGUGUUAUGACUGUUAUUUACCAAGCCAAUAGUUGACAUACAAGAAAAGACAUGAGCAA